UUCUUCCUGGUGACCGCUGUAGCAUGAUGCUAGGCACGUCUUCUUCUCUUUUGUUCAUCACAAUGGCGGCAAUGGCGACGACGGCCACAAUGGGGGUGGCGAUGCCGGAGGGAGCGAAAAUGACGACGCCGCGAAUUGAUGCUCGAUUUUUUGGCUUUGAGGAACAAACGACUACCAGAAUUCUCGUUCUGUCCACCACCAGCACCACUCAGACCUGCAUUGUCAUUGCACGGAGGAAUGCGUGUAUGAGACGUCGCAGGAGCAAUGGCUUUGAGGCUGGUCGUGCUCUACCGACACUGGGUAAUAACAAUGGAGACGCAGACCUCUCCAGUUCCUUGCUGGACUCGAGCCGUUCUGAUGAAGGAGUCGCUGCCGAAUCCUUCCGUGGCUUCCUGACCUACUGGCAUCUCACCACCUCGACGAUUGUGCUCACAUCCUACAUAAAAAGCACCGCUGGCACCGUUAGUCUCAGAAAUAGUACCCUCGGUAUUUUAGGGUGCACUGCCACUCUGUGCAAAAAUGCUUAGAUGAUUAGAAACAAAACAUUCUCCUGAACGUAUGCAUGUUAUUUAAUACCGAAAUAAUGGAAAUCAAGUUCCACUUAUAAUUAUAAUGGUCAUGAAAGAGUUAUGUUCGAAGUGAUGUUCAGUUGUCACCUACCACGCCCUUCAUCGAAUGGCGUGUCGCUGAAAAUAGUGAGAGUAUUUCUGCUGUAAUAUUAUCAAAGCCGGUAUUCUAAGCAAUAAUCCAUACAGUCUUAUACAUCUUCUCUGCAUUUUGAUAUCUCGUGUAUAAAUCUUUUACUAGGUUGAGAAAUGCUUCGCUCUGAAUUAGUCCAGUUAACAGAUUCGUUCCAUAACGUCUAAAAAACGUAAACACUGUAAAAAAUAUACCAAAGGAGACGAAUUCAAUUGAGACGCGCUGUUACGUUCCACUCUACGACUUUUUGCGUUGUUAUUUGAAUAAUUAAAUUACAGUCUUAACAAUGAAUGAAUAGGAACGUCUAUAUGUUUCUUCUUUUCCAACGAACUAUCACGAAUACCUAGUUAUUAUAAAUGCAUGCACUGAAAAUCAAACGUCUUCAGAGCGCUUCGUAUAAUGCUAUCACCAUUUUCGGCUGAUAACUAUAGUUCGAAGAAAGAAACGCACAAUUUUCAUCGCUUAACAUGCAACAUGUAAACUGAAAGAACAAGACGUACUUAUUGCAGACGAGUACAAAAUUUUGCAUUGCACAAUGACAAAUUAAUUUCUCUUAUGGUCCAUUUUGGAAAUAGAACAUCCAAGA